AUGAGUGAGGUUCUUAGUGAUGAAGCUGUGGCAAAGACAAUGGAGGAAAUAAAAAGUAACAAUGAUAGUAUUCUUCCACAACAUAUUCACAAAGUUUCAUCUCCUCCUAAGCAAUCACUUUUCCAAGAUAUCAAACAUAAUUUCAAUGAAACUUUCUUCUCAGAUGACCCUUUUGGCAAGUUUAAGAACCAAACAGGAUCAAGAAGGUUUGUUCUUGGACUAGAAUCUGUUUUCCCGAUUUUCGAGUGGGGAAGAGAUUACAAUCUUAAGAGUUUCAAGGGUGAUUUGAUUGCUGGACUCACCAUUGCAAGUCUGUGCAUUCCUCAGGAUAUUGCAUAUGCAAAUCUUGCAAAUUUGGAACCACAGUAUGGACUAUAUACAAGUUUUGUUGCUCCUCUUGUGUAUGCUUUCAUGGGAAGUUCAAGAGAUAUUGCUAUAGGACCAGUAGCUGUGGUGUCUCUCUUGCUUGGCACCUUGCUGACAGAUGAAAUCCCUAACUUCAAAAGUCAUGAAUAUCUUCGUCUUGUAUUUACCGCGACUUUCUUUGCAGGAAUUACUCAAAUGGCACUUGGACUUUUAAGGCUCGGUUUCUUGAUUGAUUUCCUAUCUCAUGCUGCCAUUGUUGGAUUCAUGGGUGGAGCUGCCAUUACUAUUGCACUCCAACAGCUUAAAGGUCUUCUUGGCAUAAAACAAUUCACUAAGAAAACUGAUAUUGUUUCUGUCAUGAGAUCGGUUUUUAGUGCAGCCCACCACGGCUGGAAUUGGGAGACAAUAGUAAUGGGAGUAUCAUUCUUGGCUUUCCUUCUUACAACAAAGUAUAUUGCUAAGAAGAAAAAGAAUCUCUUUUGGGUGGCUGCAAUUUCUCCUAUGAUAUGUGUUAUUGUUUCUACUUUUUGUGUUUACAUUACAAGGGCAGAUAAACAAGGAGUAGCAAUUGUAAAACAUAUAAGACAGGGUGUGAAUCCAUCAUCUGUUUAUGAGAUAUAUUUCAGUGGAAAAUAUUUAAGUGCUGGUGUUAGGAUUGGUGUGAUAUCCGGCAUGGUAGCGCUCACGGAAGCUGUGGCCAUUGGAAGAACAUUUGCUGCUAUGAAAGACUAUUCGAUAGAUGGCAACCGAGAAAUGGUGGCAUUGGGAACAAUGAACGUAAUCGGUUCGAUGACAUCUUGUUAUGUGGCUACCGGAUCAUUUUCGCGGUCGGCUGUGAACUAUAUGGCUGGUUGUAAAACUGCUGUAUCAAACAUAGUUAUGUCCAUAGUGUUGUUGUUAACUCUGUUGGUGAUUACGCCGCUAUUCAAGUACACUCCGAAUGCAGUGCUUGCAUCAAUUAUCAUAGCCGCUGUGAUGAGCCUUAUCGAUAUUAAGGCAGUUAUUCUUCUUUGGAAGAUCGACAAAUUCGACUUUCUAGCUUGCAUGGGAGCCUUCUUCGGUGUCAUCUUUCAAAGUGUAGAGAUUGGCCUUCUAAUCGCAGUGGCAAUAUCUUUUGCGAAAAUACUUUUACAAGUGACGAGGCCAAGGACCGCGAUACUUGGGAAGCUUCCAGGGACAACUAUUUAUAGAAACAUCCUGCAAUAUCCCAAAGCAUCUCAGAUUCCCGGCAUGCUCAUCGUCAGGGUUGAUUCCGCAAUCUAUUUCUCAAACUCCAACUACAUCAAGGACAGAAUAUUGAAGUGGCUCGCGGAUGAAGAGAUUCAAAGAACAUCGAGUGAAUUUCGUAGUAUACAGUAUCUCAUCGUUGAAAUGUCGCCUGUUACUGAUAUUGAUACUAGUGGCAUUCAUGCCUUUGAAGAUUUAAUCAAGAGCCUCGAGAAAAGAGAUAUUCAGCUUCUAUUGGCGAACCCGGGAACAAUUGUAAUAGAGAAGCUUCAUGCAUCGGCGUUAUCAGGCUUAAUUGGAGAAGAUAAAAUAUUUCUAACAGUAGGUGAUGCUGUUGCAACUUUUGGUCCAAAAGGUGCAGAUUUAUGA